CUCUGGUUUACGCAGAACGUCACUCAGUAUUAGCGGCCGCUCAAAGUGCACAAAAAUGAAGCUGAAGUCCAUUGUCUGUGUGUUGUUCUGUUUGCUGUUAGUGGACCCUGUGACGUCACAGAGAUUCCUCGGGGCUUUAUUGGGUGGACUUGCCGGCCAUCACCUUUCAGGAGGGCAUCCACUUGGAGCCAUAGGAGGAGGUAUCAUCGGUAGUCAGCUGUUUAACCGGAGAGGAAGAGGCGGGAGAGGAGGAAGAGGCGGGAGAGGGCGAGGCUGGAGAGGGAGGGGCCGCGUGGGCGACUGGAUGGAUCGUGGGCGGAGCUGGGCACGCCCAUGGACACGACGAGGAAGGAGAGAUUGGAGACGGCGAGGAGACUGGUGAAGGCGGGGGUGUUUUUAAAGAACUUCGUGUGGUCAAAUUUAAGAAAUGGUGUGCGAGAUAUUUAUGAUCUUUUCUACAAAAUAAAUAAAAAUAUUUAAAAUGAA